AUGGCUCGAGACACCCGGCUCCAUGGCCGAGCCUUCUACGAAUCCCUCGGCUCGCCCAAAUACAUCGUCGCGCCCAUGGUCGAUCAAUCGGAGUUCGCUUGGCGCCUGCUCACCCGCUCCUUCCUCCCAGCCGACCUACGAACGUCCAUCCUCGCCUACUCGCCCAUGCUGCAUGCGAAGCUCUUUGCCGAAGGCCCCAAGUAUCGCGCUUCUCACUUCGAGCCCUUGAAGCCUCCCUUCUCCCUCGCGCAACCUGGUGACGUUCAGCAACAGAAGACUUCCAGCGCGGAGGAUGCGUACCUUGACGGCAACCCGCAAAACGACCGGCCGCUGUUUGUGCAGUUUUGUGCCAACGAUGCUGAGCAUUUCCUCGAAGCCGCCAAGAUUGUUCAGCCAUACUGCGAUGCGGUUGAUCUGAACCUGGGCUGUCCACAAGGGAUUGCGAGGAGGGGAAAUUACGGAUCAUUCUUGCAGGAAGAUUGGGAUACCAUACAUCGGCUCAUCAGCACGCUACACGAGAAGCUGGACGUCCCAGUCACGGCGAAGAUGAGAGUUCUUGAGACGAAGGAGAAGACGUUGGAGUAUGCAAAGAUGAUAUUGAAUGCCGGAGCGAGUAUCAUCACCGUCCAUGGACGUCAGCGGGAUCAAAAAGGGCACAAGACUGGCUUGGCUGAUUGGAGCGUGUUGAGAUAUCUACGGGAGCAGUUGCCGCCAGAUACCGUCAUCUUUGCCAAUGGAAACAUCUUGCAGCACGAAGACAUUCAGCAAUGUCUGGACGAGACAAAGGCCGAUGGGGUGAUGAGUGCAGAGGGCAAUCUUUACGAUCCGUCCAUCUUCGCGACAGGCCCGCCAGUAGGUGAGGAAGGAAGAGAAUAUUGGCGAGGUCGAGACGGCAAGGGCGGUUACCGAGUGGAUGCAGUCCUCCGGCGGUAUCUCGACAUCAUUCAUACACAUGUCAUGAGACAAGAGCCUCCCAAGCGAGAACCUCUUUUCAUCCCCUCGGACGCAUCACAGGCAUCGAGGAAGCAAGACUCGAAUGGCCACUUGAGUGACGACGGCCAGCCACCAGCGAAGAAGCAAAAGAUAGAUCAGCCCAAGGAGAAGACAGAAGAGGGCAAGCCCAAAAACGGGAAGCAUGAGAAAGUGACCAACGCCAACCUGGUAGCGAUGCAAGCGCACUGCUUCCACAUCUUACGACCCCUCGUCUCCAAACACCACAAUGUCCGAGACGCCUUGGCCAGAUCGAGAGCAGGCGACAUCGCUGCUUACGAAAACGUGCUCACUCUCACGGAGAAGGCGGUGAAGGAAGGCCUUCUAGCUUACGAAAGCGACCCCGCGCAGUUCGAAUUCGAUGAUACCCCGCCGUCUGCUGAGCAGCUUGCAGCCUCAGAGAGCAGUGACGCUGCUGUGAGGAGAUGCAAGCGCCCGUACUGGGUGUGUCAGCCUUACGUUCGACCUCUUCCCAAAGAGGCGCUGGAGAAGGGGAGUCUGCAGCUCAGUAAGAAGGAGUUGGCCAAGAUGGCAAAGGCGGAGGAGGAGGCUAAGAAGGCGGGUGUUGAGCCUAAUGGAAAGGUCGAGAAGGUUGCCAAUGGGUCACAUGAUCAGGCUGAGGAGGUGCCAAAGGCAGGCCUCGUUUGUGGCUGA